CUAACCUGACACACAUGCACACACAUAUGACACAUGUGCCCUUGCCCUUGUGUGCCCCAUCAGCUCACCUGUGCCGUCAUUGUCGUCGUUUCCCCGGCCGCCAUGUGUGUUGUCGUCCUGGUUGGGGUCUUCUCCGUCGAAAAUGAUGGGUGCGAUGGGGCCCAGCACUGGUCGCGCCAGGGCGGUGGUGCGGGGGAAGCGGUGCUUGAACGGGGCAUCGGCAGACACACCCGCUGCGGGCGGCUCGGUCGUAUACAUCCUCACAUACACUGCAGCGAGAAGGCCUUGGUGCUUUGUCUGAGUGACGUUUCCUCGUUUCAGACCUGAAGUUUGUCCGUCCUCAAAACCAGGGUCCCAGAUGUUGAUGAAUGCGAUGAAGGGAUGGUCGAACGGCGUCAGCAGCAGCUGCUUGUGUCGUGUGUCCCCAUAGGUAAACGCCAUGACGGCCGUGGUGCCCUCGACGGCCUGGUGUACCGACUGGUCGAGCACACCCGCCAACACCCCGCCACGUGCAUCGCUGCAGACACACACAGUUAGGCAAUAAAGCACCAGCGACGACAAGAGGAAACGGUGUGCCCCAUCCCCACUGACCGACCGGCCUACGAGUUUAUCGGUCUCAUGCAUGUCGUCAACGGUGGGCGCUAUGAUGGCGUCUAUCAGGAAUGACGAAAAUGACGCCUCGGUGCACACUUCGUCACCGUCAGUGUCCCAGCCGUGUUCCUCGUCGUCGUAGAUGAGGUGGUGUCGGACGGGGGGGGGUGUGGGGGAUGGCGUGUGGGUGGUAGGGGUGGGCGGGGGCAGGGGGGUCAGAUCGAGGCGGUGCUCCGGCUCGUCCUUGAUGGCCCGCAGGUCGCCAUUGCCGUGGUCAAACAGCUCAAAUGUGCCCUGCUCGUCACCAAAGUCGACAUGGCGGCCGACAAUCUUCCACAACGCGACCACACGCGGCUCAGCCAGAUACCCCUGACGUCACACACAUCCGUCACGUCACAGCACACACACAGAGAGAACGCCACCCACCCGUCCCCUCCCCUCCCCCAUCAGCCCACCGACCUGUUUGCUACGGUGUUGCUCCAAAUCUUGCUGUGUGACGAUGACCGGCAGCUCACAGUAGGUGAGCUGGUGGGCCAGCCGCAGCGCAUCGGCCACCUCGUCCCAACUCUGAUCCUCCACCAAGUACAUGGCCUGCAGUGAUAGACAGACAGAUAGUUGGGGGAGCAUGCCACCGAUUGCACCGAGGCCUCUGUCUUCCUUCUGUGUACCUGCAGCAGCAGCCGGUCCUCCAGCUCCGCGUCAUCGAACGUCAGCACCGUGUCCAGCGGCGUGCCGUCGAAGAGUUGCGUUUCGUGCAGGGCGCGGGCGAGGCGGCGGCGCAGCACGUCGGUCCCGAAGUCGACCUGCGACAGGAAGAGGGCGGUGGAUCUGAGGACGCCCAAGUCUUUGAGCUUGUGCAGCCUGUCCCGCUCUUCUCGAUGGAUGAAGUCCGGCUUGUCAGGAUUGCCAGCUUGGCAAGACGAACCACUGCGAGCUUGUGAGCUAGGGUAUAUUU